AUGGCUCCGGGAGCUCCGGGCCCGGGGCUCGGUUCCGUGGCGCUGCGGCUGCUGCUGCCGCUCGCGUGCGGGCUGGGGCCGCUCGGCUGCUUCCGGGGGCACCGACCGGGAACCGGCGCCCCCAGCCCCCUCCUGGGCCUCCUGAGCUGCUUCGCCGGGGGCGUGUUCCUGGGCACGGCGCUGCUGGAGCUGCUCCCCAGCGCCCUCUGCAGCAUCGGGGCCGCGCUGCAGCGGCUGAGCCUCAGCCCGCAGUUCCCUCUCCCCGCCUUCAUCCUCGCGCUGGGCUUCCUCCUCCCGCCGCUGCUGGAGCCAAUCGCGAUGGAGCCUCGGGCCCCGCCCCUCCCCUUGGCCCCGCCCCUUCCCUGCAGCCCCCCCCGCGCCGCGGCGCUGCUCCUGGCUCUGGGCAUGCGCGAGGCGGAGGCGGGGCCGGGGCUGAGCCCGGCGCUGCUGCUGCACAGCGGGGCCUUGGGGGCGGGGCUGGCUCUGCGCAUGCUCCGCGCGGGGCUCCGCCCCCCGGCCGUGGCCGCCGCCCUGCUCGUGCUCGCGCUCGGGGGCGCGCUCGGGGGCGGGGCCUGGCUCGGGGGCGGGGCCUGGCUCGGGGGCGGGGCCUGGCUCGGGGGCGCGCGCGCGGGGCUGGCGCGGGCCGUGCUGCGCGGGCUCGCGGCCGGCGCCUUCCUCUACGUCACGGCGCGGGAGGUCCCGCCCCGCGAGCUGCGCAUGCGCGGAGCCCUCCUGCUCCUCGCCGGCUUCGCCCUCGUCUGCGGAGCCCUCCUGGGGAGGGACGGGGCGGGACCCCUGACCCCUGACCCCUGA